UACUACUAAAUAACUAAAACAACCAUGUUUUUUAAAGGUAUUCAGUGCGUAAAAUCCCAGGACGCAUAUGUGCGUCGCCCGGACCCAAAGGGUUAAAGAAAAGCUCAUAACUUUUGUCAUCUUUAAUGUAGAUGGAAUAUUAUAUUAUCAAACACAAUGGAUAUCUUAACAUGCAACAGUCAUGUAGGACAAAAAUUUUAGAGCACUAAAAAUAUUUAUAAUAAACAAACAAACUAUAGAUAAGACUGACUAGUCUCAAAAAUAGUUUUAGGAUAAUUCGCCUUGGACAAUUAGUCGCAGGAAUAUUGGUUGCACGAACAAUUUGUUCUAUGACAUAUUAGUCUUAAAUUAGAGUGUGGAUAAGAGUCAAGGUUUAGGGAGAAUAUUGAUGAGGAUACACAAAAGAUUCUCACUCACACUACAUCCAAACGCUUGAGGUGAAUAUUUCUAUGACGGAUUUUUGCGGUAUCUAUCAGUGAACUCUGAAUAUAUUAUAUUUAAUUAUAUUUGUAUUCUAUAGUUGUGGCUGCUGAUGGUUUUACCUAUGAACGAGAAGCAAUUCUUAAUUGGUUUAAGGAUUCUAAUCGUAGUCCAAUGACAAAUCAAGAACUUGAAAAUAAAGAACUAAAACCAAAUCAUGCUGUCAAAUCAAUUUUACAAUCAUUUUGUGAUUCAAAAAAGAACGAAAAAAAACUCGAUGAAAAACCACCAAAAAAUGGUGAUAAUGCUGAAUAA